GCACUACUGGUAGCUGUUGGCGGUGGUGGUCUUUGUUCUGGAAUUGUUGUUGCUGCAAAGAAAAUCAAACCGGCUAUAAAAGGUUCGUGUUUUUUAAAACCGGCUAUUAAAGUAUAUUGCGUGGAACCAGAGGGGAAGAAUCUGCAACAAUCGUUCGAUGCUAGCAAAAGAUCCUGGGACCCCGAUGCUGGCCCAGUGAAAACGAUCGCUGAUGGUAUUCGAGUACUGCGAAUCGGCGAAAAAUGCUUUUCACCAAUUUUAGAGCAAUGCGAAAAGCAAGUUUUCACUGUGGUGAGUAAUAUUCGCUUUUUCUCAGUACAUGAGUAA